AUGAAGUUCGUUAUUGUUCUCUUCGCCGUUAUGGCCGUCGCCAGUGCCUACCCUGGAUACAUUCAUGCACCGGUGUCACAACCAUGGCCAGCACCUGAAGCUUGGCCAGCACCUGCACCAUGGGCAGCACCUUCGUACGUUAAGGUCGCUCAACCUUCGUAUGUUAAGGUUGCUGCAGCACCGUUAGUCAAGGUAUCUGCGCCUCAGGUUCAUGCUCCGGAAGUGCACCAAGUGCUCCAGAUCCCGCAACAAGCGUCGAUUCCGGCCCCACACCCCCAACCCCUCAACAUUAAAAUCCCACAUGUUCAGACUGUGAAGAUCCCAUACCAAGGACCUAAGAUCGUGCAGCCACAUCUCAUCGGCGUUGAAUCGUACGUGGAGCCCCAAAUCAAAGUUGUCAAGGCUCCCGUCUCCCAUCACCCCUGGGAUUAA